AUGAGUGCAUCACAUGACCCGCUACAGGAGUAUGUCGUCGGGUACCCGAAGUUAGCUGCAAAAAUGGAGAGACUCCCCGAGCUCUCUAUGUUUCGCAGAUUCGGUGCUCUGAACGCCCAGAACCUACUCUACAUGCAAGCUGAACUUGCGUACCUAGAGAGAAAACUGCGGGAGCGCCAGCAACUUGAUGCCAACGACCCGUCCGGCAAGAGAUCACCCUACGCGCUGAACUGGUUCUGGCUCAAGGAUUCCGAAGGCACUGAUGCUGGAGAGCAGCAGGAACUCAUUUUGCGAAUCAGACAAGUGCUCAAAGAAUACACAUCAAUCCUCCAAUACCCCAAACCCGGCUCUUGGGACCUCCACCACAUGCAAGACUACCUUCAAACCCCCGAAAUGGGUUCCCUCGCUCUAACCGGCGACGACGCAACCAUUUGGGGCUCCGUCCACGACCGCGACUCCCAAAAGCCCGAUCUAAUUACUCUAUGUCCGCGGGAGAAGAAGGACGCGUUCUCUGCGUGGGCAGCAGAAAGCACAAUCGUCAACCUCUUCCGAUGCGGUUGCGCACGCUUCAUGAAGCCCUCGCGUGUCCAUGGAGUUGUGGGAUAUGAAGACAGUACGAUUUACCGUAUUACAUACUGGAUUACAAGUAUCCUUGCUUCGCUGAUCCCGAUUGCGUCGAUUGUAGUGCUGUAUCUUGUUCAGUCCAUGUCGGCUAGGUUGGGCAUCAUUGCGGGUUUUAACGUAUUGGUGUCGAUUUGUUUGAUGGCCUUGACGGGAGCGAGGAGAGCGGAUGUAUUUGCUAUUACUGCCGCGUAA